CGCAAAUGCAAGCGCGUCCGCAGGCAGUUCCCCGCAGUCAAGCUCAACUCCCAGGCUCAAGGAACCCAAUACUUGAUAUCAAUUCUUUGAUAACAACUCUUGGCGGGCUAGUACUUGCAGGUGGUCUUGGCGGAUUGUUUCACCCUGCAGCUCCUGACAGGGUCAGACCAGACGACCCUGCAACCCCUCCUCCUGCAGUUAGCCCCAGCCUUCGCCGUCGCGCUACGAUGGCAACGAUGAACGGGGCCGGAAGUCGUUUGAGCGUUGGAUCACCGCAGCCUCGCCUUGGCUCUUUUCCUCGACCGCCACACACAUGGAAAGAUAUGAAGUCCCAGGGGGCAAAGAAUGCGCCUGUUCUCCUUGAAAUUCCCAAAACUGAGGAUGCAUUUGAGAAAGUCUAUGACCUCUUCCGAGGGGACUGGAAAACACCAGGUCGUCCAAAAGUAACCGUCCACCGUAUCUUCAUUGUCUACCAAUCUCAAGACAUCAUCGCUCGCCACGAACAAUUCAAACAGCAGUUAUGCUCAGACUCCGAAGGCCCAGUUCGCGAAUCCCGUCGCUGGAUCGGAGUCGGUCAUACCUGCAUGCUGCUCAAGUCCGGUUUCGUUACCCCUUGCACAAGCCUGAGGUGUACCCUGUGUGAUGUCGUCAGGAGGAACGUGUAUUCUCCUGUCGAUUUCCCCAGGAUGAUCCCCGCCACUGGAACUUCUAACAAAGCAGACAAAUUGGCAUUCCCGGUUGCCUCCACUGAGGUCACCCAUAAGGCCAUGCUUCUUACCAAGGUCGUCUCCUCGGACGAGGAAAAAAUGACUGCCGAUGAAAUGGUGGCCCGCAACAACAGUGCUAGCCUCCGCCGACUGGGAUUCAUCCAAUUGCUCCAGCCAACCGACGAGGGAGACGAGUCGUCCGCUGGUGGAACUGCUUCGGACCAGCUCUUGGUAUUCUCUUCCGAUGCCAUUCUGGCGAGAUAUCUCGUGGUCUAUUCUUAG